AUAUCGAGUUACGAUAUAUAUCGCAGCUCCGUCACGAUGACAAGCGGAAGAAAAUAAUCCACGAAAGCAAGUCCCUUUCGAUUCGCCGAAUUCGAGAUUCAAGUGGAAAUUGUCUCGACAUCGGAGUCAAAGGAGCGUCGAAUUUGGCGCAGGCGCCAGCGUCCGCGAAAAGUGCAUGCUCUUACGCACUCGCGGCUUCUUGCUAAUAAUUCCGCCAGUUCAUUCGCGAAUUUUCCCGGGUCCGCUUCGUUUGCACGUCAAUUCUAUUUCUUCCUUUCUGCGUGUCUCACGGCUGUGCCGCGAAUAAAGUACACGAGUGCUCCGUGAAAGGCCUUUUCGUCAAAUUUAAUUAUCGCAAAUACGAAAGAAAACAAGAACAUGGACGACAUCUAGCAAUUGCGACAGAGCAGGGCGAAAUUUAUCGUUUCCCCGAAGAAACCUCUCGGAGUCUGCAAUGCCAAGGUCGGGAUGGGAACCGACAAGAAGAAGAAUAAACCGGAGACACGACUAACGCCGUCGUAGCCUCGAAAGAAACGAGGGAAGAAGAUCGCGAGGAUCUGCCAACCGUCGCCGAUAAUCGCCGUCGAUGAGAUGUAUCUUUUAUUUUCGCAAAGAUGCUGGAACACCGGUGGAUGACGAGCAACGAAACCGACGGCAACAGCAGCGGCGACGACGCGACGACGAUCGAGGAGAUGCUGCAGGAUCCAGGAUCGGUGAUCCUCUUCGUCGACUACCCACCGUGGCUGUUGUGCUUCGCCGCCGCCUGCUGCAUCCUCUUCAUGCUGGUCGGCAUCCCGGGAAAUCUUAUCACGGUGAUCGCAUUGUUUCGCACGAAAAAGCUGAAGAACGCCACCGCAGUCUUCAUCAUGAAUCUGUCGAUAUCAGACUUGAUGUUCUGCUGUUUCAAUCUACCGCUCGCAACUUCAACCUUCUGGCACAGGUCGUGGCUGCACGGACCACUUCUGUGUCGGCUGUUUCCGCUCUUGAGGUACGGCCUCGUUGCAGUUAGCCUCUUCAGCGUUCUCGCGAUCACAAUCAAUCGCUACGUCAUGAUCGGUCAUCCCGGUCUCUAUCCUACGUUGUAUAAAACGAAAUACUUAAUACCGAUGGUUCUGGCGAUAUGGAUCAUCGCUUUCGGCUUGCUGAUCGUCACGUGGGUCGAGCGAUUCGGACGUUUCGGAUUGGAUCCCGCUGUGGGAUCUUGCUCGAUCCUGCCGGAUACAAACGGGCGGAGCCCAAAGGAGUUUCUCUUCGUUCUCGCAUUUCUAGUGCCCUGCCUCGCUAUUAUCAUUUGCUACGCCAGGAUCUUCUACAUCGUACGCGCAACUGCUUCGAAGAGCAGAGGCAGACACAAGAUCUUCAACAUCGAGCCUACUGAAACCAGCCAUGACCAACCAUCCACCACGAGAAACCAGGAGCAAGAGCUUACUGUCCUCUGCGCUCCUUCCUCAUUGAUGCAGGCGGUGCUUUUCAAUUCAGACGAAAGGACGGAUCGCGAGCUACCAUCCACGUCGAUCAACGAAAACUCGUGGUCUAAGCGGUCGACGCGCAAUCGACAAGAAGCGGAUCGCGCGGCAAAUACUGACGAUUCGACAACGAAUAUCAGCUCCAAUGCAAACUCCAACGGCAGUUACGACGCUUCUCGCGCCAGCCUGUUAGAGGACACGUUGCUCGUGGAUGAUCGCGAGAUCGAAAAAUUGGACUCCAUAGAGACGAGAUUGUUUCAGAGCCGGGACCAGCGCGAGCCGCGGCGGAAGUCGUCGGGGAGCCCUUGCGGUCGGUUGGAGAUGCUGACCGGUCGAGCGUCCUUCGUGGCCGAGUCCUCGCUGCAAAGGAUCGCCAGUGGCGAACGCUCGGAUCGGCCGGAUUCGAGACCCGAGCGGCCUUGCGCGAGGAAGGUAUUUCGCAGGCAAUCGAAGUUCAGGAGCGUCGGCGGGACGCGCGUCCUAGGCGGCGAAUGCGUCGCGCCUAGGAUGUCCGUCAAGGAUAAAAAGCUGCUGCAGAUGAUCCUCGUGAUAUUCGCAUCGUUUCUGGUGUGUUACCUGCCGAUCACCGUCACGAAGCUCUUUCAAAACACGGUCGACUGGCGGGGACUCAAUAUCGCCGGCUAUAUUCUCAUUUAUUUGACGACCUGCAUCAAUCCUGUUAUCUACGUCGUGAUGAGCUCCGAAUACAGGAGUGCGUACAAACAUGUGUUGCUGUGUAAAAGGUAAACGGACGACAAAUAGG